CGGUGCUCGCAUCGCAUCCUAGCGUCCAAAGCAUGCAGUGGCCUUCUGCUGCGUCCGGAGCCAACGACCCGGACCGCCCCGCUGGCAUGGGCACGCGGUCGUGGUCCACUGGCGCGAUUGCAGCAGCUGCGGCCAGUGGGUCAGUGGCCAGGAAGACAAAUUGGCUGUCCUCGUCACCGGGCUAUCCAGGCGCCGUUUCGCCCAGCAAAGCUCGCAGGUCGUGGCGCGACGCGGCAGGCGAGCCUGCGGCUGGAAUCGGAUGCUACACACGCUCAUGCUCAACGAGCGCACUCGCAACUGCUGCUGCGCGGGGCUCUGUCGCGCGCAAAACGGAUUGGCUGUUCACAGUUGAAGCUCCUCCGGCGGCUGCUCCCACCCGCCGAGCGCAGCCGCUGCCGGCGCAGCACUUGCGCGACCUGCCUGCCGGGAUCGGAUGCUACACGCGCCACAACUCGUCCUCCACCGGCAGGUCACCAGGCGGCCUGCUCACCGCUGGGCCAGGCGCGACGCACGGUGUGGCCACGCGAACCUAUCACGCCCUGCGGCCAGCGUAUCAGCACAGCACGCCCUACACGUGGCGUGACACACAGUUUUGACCUCUCGCUUGAAGAAGCGACGGCGCACAAGAUUCCUCCGCUGUGCACAGGUCGACCACGAUUGUCUCAGUUUCAGAUUUUUUGAAUUU